AUGGCCUCCCCUGAGGUUCACCAUCUCUUUCACCACCCAAUCGCAGAUCACUCCUUCUCUGCCGACAAGCAGACGUUGGCUGUUGCACGGGACACAAGUGUCGAACUUUAUGCACGCACAGGCAAUGGGUUCAAGCUCAAAGACGAGCUGAAAGGUCAUGAUAAGACUGUUACGAGUGUUGAUAUUGCGUUGAAAAGUGGAAGGAUUGUGACUUGCUCUCAAGACCGGAACGCGCUUGUAUGGGAACCAUCUCCUACUGGCUACAAGCCAACACUUGUCCUGCUCCGUAUCAAUCGCGCGGCAACAUCUGUUCGCUGGUCUCCUUCCGAAACGAAAUUCGCCGUGGGAUCCGGGGCGAGAGCGAUCGCGAUAUGCUAUUUCGAAGAAGAGAACGAUUGGUGGGUCUCAAAGCAUAUCAAGAAGCCUAUUCGAAGCACAAUUACCACCGUUGCAUGGCAUCCCAAUUCGGUACUCUUGGCAGCUGGCUCCACCGAUGCACAUGCUAGAGUGUUCUCAAGCUUCAUUAAGGGUGUAGAUGAAAGACCAGAGCCCGGUGUAUGGGGAGAACGAUUGCCCUUUAACACGGUUUGCGGAGAGUACCUUAACAAUUCGGCUGGCUGGGUUCAUGCUGUUUCUUUCUCUCCUAGUGGCGAUGCGCUGGCGUUCGCAGCUCACGACAGUAGUAUUACCGUUGUAUACCCCAAUGGGGCUGAUGAGCCUCCGAGAGCAGUCAUUAGCGUUAGCACCCAACUGCUGCCUUUCAUGAGUCUGAUUUGGAAUGGCGAGAGUGAGAUUAUUGCUGCAGGACAUGAUUGCGAGGCCUAUAGAUUCAAGGGCAAUGAGAGAGGUUGGCAGCUUACCGGUUCCUUGGAGUCGAAGGGACGAGCUGGACCCGGAGAUGCCCGGGAAGAGACCGCUUUCAAUAUGUUCAAGCAAAUGGACUUGAAAGGAAAGACUAAAGAUGACACGCAGUUGAAGACUGUGCAUCAGAAUACUAUCAGCACUAUCCGUGUUUACGAGGGCUCAGGUGGUGCUGUUCGAAAAUUCAGCACGAGUGGUGUUGAUGGAAGAGUUGUUAUUUGGAACGCAUAG